GUAAGGUUAUUACCGAAUACUGAUGAAGAUGAAGGCGUCAAAAACAAAAAGUGUAGAUUGAGUUUAUUAAAUAAUGAUUAUUUAUUUAUAAAAUUCAAACUAAACCGGUUAAAAAACUCCAAAAUGACUCCCCUAAAAGCGGAGAAGGGAACCAACACAGACCGGCCGUUCACCGACCGUUGCGAAUUUUGCAACAAGACAUUCUCUAGACGCGAUCAUCUGCUAAACCACGUGAGGCAACAUACGGGCCAAUCACCGCACCGAUGUCAAUUCUGUUCAAAAACGUUCACCAGAAAAGAACACCUUGUCAACCAUGUGCGUCUACACACCGGCGACAGCCCAUUUCAAUGUCGUUUCUGCAACAAAUCGUUCACGCGAGACGAACACUUGACCAAUCAUGUCAAACGUCACACCAACGAAUCGCCUCGCUGCGAGUAUUGUCUGAAAGCGUUCACACGGAAAGAACACCUCAUCAACCAUGUAAGGCAACACACGGGCGAAACGCCUUUCAAAUGCGACUACUGUCCCAAAGCGUUUGCCAGGAAGGAUUACCUGACAAACCACACUCGCAUACAUACGGGUGACGUGUACAAGUGCAUGUUCUGUGUGAAAACUUUUACACGCAAGGAGCACCUGACCAAUCACAUUUGUCAUCACACCGGCGAGGCGCCACACAAGUGUCUCUACUGUCCAAAGAGUUUCACACGCAAAGAGCACCUGAAAAGUCACACCUACAUUCAUACGGGUGGCUCACCGCAUCAGUGUCACAUCUGCAUGAAACACUUCACGCGCAAAGGCCACCUCGUCAGUCAUAUACGAGUUCACACCGGAGAAUCACCGUUUCAAUGCGAGUUCUGUUUGAAGGUUAGUGGGAUCCCUUAUUUAUUUUCAAUCUCAGUUUAUUAUUUUAAUUUAUCAUUCAUAUAUUCAAACUAUCUUAGUAAUUUAUGAAUAAAUAAAUUUGAG